AGCUCUUGGAUUCCACUUGGCAGCCAUUUGCCAGAUGAAGGUUUGAGACUUUAUGUUUCAGGACUUGCAUUGGAUUUACUUGUGUAGAGCCUUAUUUUCUCCACAGUUUUGGCCUUUGCACUUUGUUGUGAGUGUGUUGACAUUCUCAGAAUAUUCAGAAAGUACACCUACUUACUCCAACCUGCCUGGAAAUAAGAGAACAGCAGGUUCUAGAAACACUGAGAGCACAGGAGGAUAUAAAGAAGACAGAGAAAGUGUGACGCAAAUAAAGACGAGAGGAUAACUUGACACCGAAUAAGACGGCUGAAAGGGAGAUUGAAGUGAUGGCUGAGGCCCCGCAGCAGCAACAGGAGGAGGAGCAGGAGCAGGAACAGGAGCAAGAGCUGAACACCGUGGAGGGAACGGAGCCUGAUGAAGAUUCUGAUGAACCCAAAGAGAGUGUCCAGACGACCCCGACUCGACCUCUGCUGACCAAGAGGUCAGAGAGCAGUGUGGACCCAGAUGACUACUCCCCCAACAUGAUUGUCUACAGAAAGAUUGAAGAUAUUGUCACUCGCAUCCAGGAUGAGACGGAGGGUGUGCCCAUCAGAACUGUCAAAAGUUUCAUGACCAAAAUACCCAGUGUUGUCACAGGUGCAGAUAUUGUACAGUGGCUGAUGAAGAACCUGUCCAUUGAGGAUCCAGCUGAGGCCAUGCAUAUCGGGAGUCUCAUUGCAGCUCAGGGGUACUUCUUUCCUAUUUCAGACCACGUUCUCUCCCUCAAAGAUGACGGCACUUUCUACCGCUUUCAGGCACCAUAUUUCUGGGCCUCCAACUGUUGGGAGCCUGAAAACACAGACUAUGCUAUCUACCUGUGCAAGCGGACCAUGCAGAAUAAGACCAGGCUGGAGCUGGCAGAUUAUGAGGCGGAGAACCUAGCCAGGCUGCAGAGAGCUUUUGCCAGGAAGUGGGAGUUUAUCUACAUGCAGGCUGAAGCCCAGGUUAAGAUAGACAGGAAAAAAGAUAAAACUGAGAGGAAGAUUCUUGACAGCCAGGAGAGAGCCUUCUGGGACGUCCACAGGCCUGUGCCUGGAUGCGUCAACACCACAGAGAUGGACAUCAGAAAAUGUAGACGCCUGAAGAACCCUCACAGAGUUAAGAAGUCAGUAUAUGGUCUGGUGGAGGAGGGAACACAGUCUCAGAGUCCCAUACAUACUCCCUCGCACCACUGCCGAAAAGGCACCAAGGAGGAUGUUGAGAAAGAGAUCUUAUUCCUGAACACACAGCUGGAUCGCCACUGUAUGAAGAUGUCUAAAGUUGCUGAAAGUCUGAUAACCUACACUGAGCAGUACAUGGAGUAUGACCCAUUUGUGACGGCACCAGAACCAUCCAACCCAUGGACCAGUGAUGACCCCUGCUUCUGGGAUCUGGAGGCCAGUAAGGAGCCCAGUCAGCAGAGAGUAAAGAAGUGGGGUUUCUCUCUGGAGGAGGCACUGAAGGACCUGGUAGGACAGAAGCUCUUCCUCAAGUUCCUGGAGUCAGAGUUUAGCUCUGAAAACCUGCGGUUCUGGUUGGCAGUUCAGGACCUGAAGAAGAUGCCACAGCAAGAUGUUGCACAGAGGGCGCAGGACAUUUGGGCAGAGUUCCUGGCAGAAGGAGCCCCCAGCCCCAUCAAUCUGGACUCGCACAGCUACGAACGCACCAGUCAGAACCUGAAAGACCCCGGACGAUACAGCUAUGAGGACGCGCAGGACCACAUCUACAAGCUGAUGAAAAGUGACAGCUAUGCACGCUUCCUGCGAUCCAACGUGUAUCAGGACCUGCUGAUGGCACGGAAGAAACUUGAAACGGAGCAGGGGCGACGCACCUCGCUGGAGAAGUUCACUCGCAGUGUAGGCAAGUCACUCACAGGCAAACGACUGACGGGCCUCAUGCAGUCAUCCUGACAAGGCCUGGAUCAAGAGUAGGAGGAACCAAACCCAGAUGAACUGCUUACCUCCAGGGAGCAGGUGGAAGAGGACCCUGGGGUGUUUUGAUGUAGCUGUGGGAGGUGGAUGAGGGCGCCAAAAGAGCCCAGACUGCUGGACUGGACCAGCAUGUUUGAAACUCACCUUGGAUCAGUUAGGAGGACAGCGAGCAUGCAAUAAGUCACUAGACCUGACACCUGGACAGCGCCAUCACAGUGUAGACUAGAGGAUAAUUGCUUCUGCUCUCUAGGAGGUUUUGAAUGACAAGCCUGCAUCAUGCCAGGCUCUGUUGUUUAUCUUUAUCUACUGUCUACACAUGUUAAUAUGGUAGCUGAAGAGACUUUUUGUUCCAGUAAUAUAAACAUGGAAUGCUUGAAUGCCUUGACCAAUCCAAAAUGAGACUUAGAUUAAUGCUGUAAUUAGCUGUUUUGUCUCAUAUAUAUAUUAGGAUAUUUAGGGGAAAGAGGGGUUUAUGGUUGUGCACUCAACUGAACUUCUGCUCUUUACACUGCUGCUUUAAUGGUGAAACAGGUGAAGUAGUACACCAACAUGUAGUGAGUGGGACAUGGGAGGACACAAGAUGAACAUCUUCUGUGUGUCCAGUAUUGGUAUAGCUGGUUAAUAAUCAUAGUGUAUAAACUGUCUGUUUUAUGCUCAUUACAGGCCGAUUAAAACUCCAGAUGAAAACCUGUACGUUUUCUCCUCUCACCUUGGCCUGCUCUGGUACUGUACUGUAGGUCUUUCCUGGAAAACGGGUAAAGGGGAAAUAUUUGUUCAAAUUUCUGAGCGCAUCAGCUUUUUUGAGUGUUUGUUUUCAGUGGCUGAAAAGGAAAAGUGUCAUCUACACAAACUGUAGAAGUCACUAACAAGAGCAUAGCCGCGGAAACAUUUUCAGGUGGGGAUGUGUUUUUUAUUGUUUGUUAACAGCCUGUUAGCCUGCUGGUCUAAAGGACCAGGAAGGGUUAUAUGAAAUGCACCAGUUCAGGAUAGGCUCUAACAUAGAGGUGGGGGUGCAGCACAGUGGUGACAAAAGUUUUUGAAUAUUCCCAUAAUAUAAUAAAAACACUGAUGGAACUGAUGACUGCUGCCACUGUAAGGACAUUGUGUUUUUAGCAGGCAGUGCUUAAAGCCUUGUAAGAGCCGCACUGAACACACAGAGGUGUACUCUUGAUGUCAUCAAAGGUAAGGCCAGGUUCAUCUUUUUUGCAAAAAUGUGGCGUUUUACUUUAAAUGAGCCUUUUGGAAGAAUAUUAGGCUUUAUUUUAUCUUCUGAACAUUCCACUUCAGGCAGCCGCUGCACAGCAUUUAGUGGGCUGACCUCUAAUCGUUGUUCACCUUAUAUAAAGAGGACCGUGAUGAUAAUAAAAGAGGUUUGGCCUAUCAUUUAA